GCUGAAACCAGUUCAACGUCAGUUUACUAUUAAAGUUCAAGAUGAAAACACAGGUGUUGUCUGUAUUUGGUUUGGUGCUUAUUGGACUCUGCGCAGGGCUACCACUCACAGGCAAUGAGGUUGAAACAAGAGUUGUUGCUGUUUCUAAAUCUACUCCAGAACUUUUAAAAGCUGCCGUAUCCAAUGCAGAUCCAGAUUUACUCAGGGUUGCACUGACUGAUGCUGACCCAGCUCUACUAGAAGUAGCAUUAACUCAAUCUGUUCCUGAGCUCCUCUCUACAGCUCUGGUUGAUAUUGAUCCUGAACUGCUAAAGAUUGCUCUUACAAAAUCAAAACCAGAACUUCUCGCCACUGCUCUCACUGUUAGUAAUCCUGCUAUUUUAAAGGUUGCUCUGACUGCAAGCCGUCCAGACCUUCUAACAGUCGCUCUACAAGACGCAACAAAAGAAAAUUUAGAAGUUGCUUUAACACCAGCAUAGUUCAUAAAUGUAUACCUGCGUUACAACCCGCCUUUAUUGUAUAAAUAGGCAUUGCAACCUGAAUAAUGCUUUGGCAUUACAAACUGCCUAUUGCAUAUACAGGCAUUACAUCCUGACUUGUGCAUAGGCAUUACAAAAUAACAAGUCUUUCACCUUAUAACCCUUCCCCGCCUUUUCGAAGCUAACCUGCACACUACCAACCCUUGCUCCCUCUGAGAUCUAGAUAAUUCUGAAAGACAGAGUUAUCACCCAUUCCUAGACUUACCCUAAAUUCCUAAUCUUAUCCUCCACAUCCCCAACUUUAUAAAUCUUGCCAAUCUUACCUCCCAUAUUUCCAAGAUUAUCCAACAUUCCCAACCUUACCCCACAUUUCCAAUCUCACCUCCUUACAUUCCCUUUUUUAACCUUUAUUAACCUCUCCAAAAAUGUAUGUUGUUCCUCCAAAUUCCAAACUUCCCAACCCUUUUCCAGAUAAUAUAAAUACUCCCUCAACAUUUCCCAAACUUUUCCCAACCAUAUCAAACCCAUCCAAUCCUUUCCCAAUUUUCAAACUUCUAUAACCCAGCCCAAGCUAUGUUUGUUUCAAGUAAUCAUGCAACUAUUACAAUAUCUAAUGAUGUUAUGAAAUAGUUUUAACAAAUAAAAUUCUUUCUGUAUUAA